CUUCGACAAACCACCCGCCCAAAGACAGAAAGCGAAUUUACUAACCCCCCCCCUCUCCAACAGCAGCAGCAGAAAGCAAAAGGGCACCCUGAGUGCCUGAUCUGUUCUGUUUUUUUUUCAGUCGCAAAUCAUCUCUUGUUAAUCGAUCCGGCGCAUGGAGCGAGGGAAUUUCUAAUUUGACAAUUGCUCUGCGAGUUGCUGUCCCGGAAUCCAGAAUCCAAAAAAAUAAAUAAAAAAAGCCAAAAUGUCGGAAAGCGACAAAUAUGAAGUUCUUGAAAAGAUUGGUACGUCCUUCCCUGUCGCUUUUGCUCUGCCACGGCUCGUUUGGCAUCAUCCGACGAGUACGCCGCAAGCAGGACGGCAUGAUCCUCUGCCGGAAAGAGAUCAGCUACCUCAAAAUGUCCCAAAAGGAGCGCGAACAGUUACACGCCGAGUUCCAGAUCCUCUCGACGCUGCGCCAUCCCAACAUUGUCGGCUACUACCACCGCGAACACCUCAAGGCGACCCAAGAUUUGCACCUGUACAUGGAAUACUGCGGGAAUGGAGAUCUCGGUCGGGUCAUCAAGGAGUUACAACAAAAGAACCAGUAUGCUGAGGAGUCGUUUGUGUGGAGCAUCUUUUCGCAGCUCGUUUCGGCCCUCUACCGCUGCCACUACGGCGUCGACCCACCAGAAGUUGGUAAGACCGUGUUGGGUUUGGGAACGACAGCGAGGCCUAAGGCGCCGUCGGGUGGCACCAUCAUUCUUCAUCGUGAUUUGAAGCCAGAGAAUGUCUUCCUCGGCGAGGACAACUCAGUCAAGCUCGGCGACUUUGGCCUUUCCAAAGUGAUGGCCUCCCACGACUUCGCCUCUACCUACGUCGGAACCCCCUUUUACAUGUCCCCCGAAAUCUGCGCCGCCGAGAAAUACACACUGAAAUCCGACAUUUGGUCACUGGGAUGCAUCAUCUACGAACUCUGCACUAGGGAACCACCGUUCAACGCCAAGACGCACUUUCAGCUCGUUCAGAAGAUCAAGGAGGGGAAGAUUGCGCCACUUCCGGCCUGUUAUUCGUCGGAGCUUUUCGCGGUGAUCAAGGACUGCCUCCGGGUGAAUCCGGAUAGGAGACCGGACACGGCGGCAUUGUUGAACCUCCCGGUGGUUAGGUUGAUGAGAAAGGAAAAGGAGGUGGUCGAGUUCAGCAAGACGCUCAAGGCCAAGGAGGACUCGCUCAACAGGCGGAUUCGGGAGGUGGACCAGAAGUUGGCCUUGUUGGAUCAUGACAAGGUGGCAAUCAGGCAGGAGAUCGACGCUUCCCUGAGGAGGGAAUGGGAAGUCAAGGCGAGGUUGGAGAUUGACCGGCUGGUAGGGUUGGAGAUUGAGAGGCUCAAGAAGGAGUUUGAGAGGGAAGUCGAGGCCAGGGCGGAAGUCAAGGUUGAGGCCCGCCUCGAAGUCGAACUCCAACGACGAAAGCAGCUCGAGGAAAAGGAACAGCACCGCCCUGCAGAGCUCUCUUCUUCCAAGGACUCAUAUCAGCACUCGUCGAUUUCUUCUAUCAGCCCGACAGAGGACGAGUUCCCUUCGACGACCGAUAUCACCGAGCCUGAAUCGCCGGCCGAUACCUCCAUGACGCAACCGUCCUUCAAGACGGCGCGCACUCCCUUUGGGAGAGCCCAGACCAUGUUUGUGAUGGCGCCGUCGGUUGGCACACCAAUGGAUGUUGAUGCCAGUCCUGUCGCUAUUGCCCACUUGUCUCUUUCUCCCCGAAGGAAAAUCGAGACCAAGGCUCCACACAACCCAUCGAAUAUCUUCGCUGCUGCGGCGGCUAACACGCAAGCUUCGGGCGACAGGCCUCCGUCACCGGUAAACUAUGGGAGUGACUCGGAUGAUGAGGAUAUGCCCAGCCCGACGAGGAAUAUCAAGGCCUCGAGCAAGAACCCCUUUACCAGCAAGGGGAGGCCGCAGUUGCAUGCACAAAAGAGUAUGCCUGUGCAUAGGCUGCAAAGCAAGCAGACGACUACCUUGCAAAGCAAGACUGUUGGGGCGGUGGCGAGCAACCCUGACUUUGGAACUGGGGGGUUGACGCUCAGGCAGGCGGGGAGCAAUGGUGCUCUUGGACAACAGCAGCAGCAACAAGGAAACAGCCCCGGGUUGAGGAGGUUGAGCAAGAUUCCUAGUGCGGCGGGGUUGAACAAGAAUCUCUCUGACGCCAAGAAGGAAGGGGAGCUGCAUACAACGGUCAGUAUGACGGGUCUUAACAAGAUUUCUGGCGGGAUGAGGUCAAAUAUCCAGGGUAGGACACUGGUUGAGCUUCAGCAGGCUAGGGCUGGGGGUAGGCCGUUGAGCGGGAUCAUGACUGGGGAGGGGUUCAGCAGCGGGUUGAAUGCGAACACGGGGGGAAUGGGAGGGGGAGGGAGUCCGGUGAGGGCGUUUAGGGAGCAUGCUGCUGCUGCUAAUAGGGGGUUAGGCGCUGAGCCGGCGGCUGUGUGGAAUCCGGAGACGGACGAGAUGCCGAGUCCGUUUUUGGUGAGGAGGAAGCCGAUUGUCAAGGCUUAGAAGGCUUUUGACAGGAGGGCGACUGACAAUUGCCCGGCGGCGGGGGGCAAGCAUGGCGGUAAGGCCGAUGGGUAUUUCCCGCCGGUGUUGAAUGCGGGGGUGGGGAGGUUGGUGGAAAUGGGGAUGGAAUGGAGGAUUAAUUCCUGAGAGUGGGUAGAUGUGUGGGUGUUGGUUUAUGUAUAUUCCGAGGGGAGAGGUGGAUUGAUACCCAAGUCGCUCGUUUACAUUGCUUUUUUCACUUCCCUUUGUCAGGACUUCACAGGAGAUGGAGGGGGGAAGAAAACAAGGGGGUGUGGCAUGGAGCGUCUGGAGUUUUUUCUUUUGCUGCUGGGCUUUCUUUGUGGGAGGUGCACACAUGUUGGAUGAUACGAUUUCAGGAAACAAUCUCUUAGGAGCAAGAAACGAAAGGGCGUUCUUUUGGAAUGGGAGGAAAUGGUGGGGUGUUCGGUGUGUUUAUGAAAGUUGUUUGGACUACACAGGUGUUAAUUUACCUAUAGCAGCCUCGUUCAAAGGGACACACGCGGAGUUGGGAGUUUUGGGGGGAGGGGAAGACACCUCUCAUUCAUCGCCAUCAUUAGCAUAUAUUGGUCAGGUACAGGUAGAGAAUACUGUUAGAAGUACAUUCUUUGAUGUUGAUGGGGUGUUGAGUGUUUGUGGUUGGGCUGGUCCACGCAUUUUUAGAUGCCAGCGAGUGGCCAGGAAAGCGAAAGGAGGUCCUUUGAGAUAUUCAUUUACCCUCUAUUUUACCUUUCAGGUAUUGGAGGUUCCAAGCCUCCUCAGCGAGCUAUCAUGGGAACGAACGAGGGAAUAGUGGAAACGGGUAUCAAGCCUUUAUAUUCAGAUGUGAUUGUAGAAGUGGUCUAGGGAAUCUUCAACUUUGCCAUGUAAAACAUCGGCAAAGAAGAAGAAGAAGAAGUUGAGUAGUAC